AUGAAAGGCCAAACCAAAAACCAAAAACCAAUUCAAAUGGAUGCCUCCCAUUUUCACUCUCCAAAUUCUGGUAUCUCAUCGGAAUCUUCUUUUGGAUCACCAGAUUCCUUCUAUAGCCAAUCUUUUAACCAAAGUUCUCUCCCUUUCAAUGAAAAUGACUCCGACGAAAUGCUUCUUUUUGAACUAAUCUCGGAGGCCACUCAAGAAACAUCAAAAACAACUUUCUGUAAUGGAAUUAUUAAGGAAGAAGAGGUUAGUUCAAUAGCCAAAGAAACUCCCAGCAAGGAAAAGUCCUACCGGGGUGUUAGGAGGAGGCCAUGGGGCAAAUUCGCGGCGGAGAUAAGGGAUUCCACAAGACAUGGCAUAAGGGUAUGGUUAGGCACAUUUGACAGUGCAGAAGCAGCAGCUUUGGCUUAUGACCAAGCUGCUUUUUCGAUGAGAGGAACUGGGGCUAUACUCAAUUUCCCAGUUGAAAGAGUGAGGGAGUCUCUUAAGGAUAUGAAGUGUAGUACUGAUGACGAUGAGCAUGAGGAUGGGUGCUCACCUGUGGUGGCUCUAAAGAGAAAGCACUCCAUGAGGAGAAAAUUGGGAAGCAGAGGCAAGAAAGAGAGGAAUGUUAGGAUAGAUAAUGCGGUGGUUUUGGAAGAUUUAGGUGCUGAUUAUUUGGAACAACUAUUGAAUUCAUCUGAAAGUGCUGCUAGUCCUUGGUGA